AUGCAAUUCUUUCACAAAGUCGACAGGACGGCUCUCAAUUGGGAUGACCUUGUGGAGACGUUAGGUAGCGGUCCCUUACCCAACACACCCCCGCCGACGGCUCGAUUGCCUACCUUCGCUGCCAGGAUGCCCUUCGAGUUGCCGUCCCAACAGACUGCUGCUGCAACGCCAUUAUCUGGUCCGGCGCGGAAUGGUGCUGCUGCCGCUUCCGCCGAUCCUCCCCUCCUCUCCUGUGCCUUCUGUUCGGCUCAGUUCAAGAGUCGCAAGCAACUGAAGCAGCAUGUGCAGGUGACACAUCCGUCGCCAGAUGGCAGCCUCUGGCUGUUCUGU